UCUCGUUACUAACCAAGCACGAAAGCAAAAAUAGGGACGUUGGGAAGGGAGAGGUGGGACGCUCAAUCAUGGCAUUGCCCCAGCUCCCAAGGGAUAGUCUCCAGGAAUCCCCAGAGUACAACCGUAGGCUCUUUACCCUAACCCGCAUCCGCUCCUCACAAGGGGAAUUGUGGUUUCAGAAACAAGGCGAUUCCUUUAAGUGGAUAGCAAAUGGGAUUCACCCAAAAAGCAGGCUGCUCCUGCUGCUGCUCUUGCUUGCUGCUGCUGCAGUUGAUGAUGUUGAUGCUGUGACUGCUGUAACUAGUCACUUUCCCUUUCCCUAAGCUUGCCUUUCCCUAAGCCUAUCAGGCUCUGUGCCCCCUUAAAGCUCCUUCUUAUCUUCUGGGUUUCUUCCACAUUAUUUGCCUUUCGAUUGAUUAUCGUUGAAUGGAGCCAGCUGGAGGGCUCCUGUCAGUAGGGGCUGCUUCUUUUGGUUUCUUUUCCCAACACCCCUCCGCAGUAAGUUGCUGCUGGUUGAGAGGGUUUGGAGGGAAAUCCCAAAUAAAAGGAACUGACUGACUGAACACUAUUAGUCCUAUUAAUAAUGAUCACAACUCAGGUAUCUUGAGAGGAACUGAAAUUGUGAAGAGCAGGGCAGAAUCUCUGAGGCUGUACUCUCUUGAAUUCUCAUUGGAUCCUCCCUGGUUCCCUAAAUCAUUCCUGCUGCUAUAUCUAUCAGGAUGACUACAGCCUCUCUUACUAGUUCUCUCUUUAUCUCCUUGUCUUCCCCACAUCCUUUUACUUCUCUGGGCAGAUUUAUCUGUAUCCCUCCCUCUGUUAACUGGGUUUUCACAGCCUCUUUCUUUCCCCCCCUCAUGGGGAUUCACAACCUGUAAUUAUUCACUUCUUCUGCCUGAGGAUCUUCACAAAUCCACUUUUCCCCUCCUCUUCACAUUUUUGUUUCCUUUUGUUUGGUGUCUGGUGGCUCUCUGUAUAUCUGGCUAAUACUUGGUUCCAUGCCACAAGGAACUGCUGAUUAUUUCUAAGUCCAACCACCAUGCAGAUCACUCCUUUAGCUUGAUCCGCAACAUCAUGGAAUGUCUAUUUGAUUUCUGGAUACAUUUUUCUCACAGUCAUCUUGCUUCCUGAAAUUUCCUCUGGUGUUGAGGGAAAGCCGAGAGAAUGAAGGCUCUCAGUACCCUGUGGAAGCAUGAUAUGGCGGUGCAGUGCUGGUGCUGAAUUGCUCUCUCUGAUGGCUCUAUGGGAGUGGAUAGCACUGAGUCUUCAUUGCUGGGUUCUAGCAGUUGCUGCUGUUUCAGAUCAGCAUGCCACAAGCCCCUUCGACUGGCUCCUCUCUGAUAAGGGACCCUUCCAUCGCUCCCAGGAAUACACAGAUUUUGUGGACAGAAGCCGGCAGGGAUUUAGCACAAGAUACAAGAUUUACAGGGAGUUUGGCCGCUGGAAAGUAAAUAACCUUGCUGUGGAGAGAAGAAAUUUCCUUGGCUCCCCAUUGCCUCUUGCCCCUGAAUUCUUCCGCAAUAUUAGGCUAUUGGGACGUCGACCCACUCUACAGCAAAUCACGGAAAAUCUCAUCAAGAAAUAUGGGACUCACUUCUUGCUAUCAGCUACCCUGGGAGGAGAGGAGUCACUCACAAUUUUUGUGGAUAAGCGGAAGUUGAGCAAGAGAUCAGAAGGAAGUGAUUCUACAACCAAUAGUUCCUCAGUCACUCUUGAGACUCUUCAUCAACUUGCUGCUUCCUAUUUCAUCGACAGGGACAGCACACUGCGGAGACUUCACCACAUUCAAAUUGCAUCCACUGCCAUAAAGGUAACAGAAACACGAACUGGUCCUCUUGGCUGCAGUAACUAUGACAACCUAGAUUCAGUCAGUUCUGUGCUGGUUCAAAGUCCUGAGAAUAAGAUUCAGUUACAAGGGCUUCAAGUCAUCCUUCCAGACUACCUACAAGAACGUUUUGUGCAGGCAGCUUUGAGUUAUAUUGCCUGUAAUUCAGAGGGAGAAUUUAUUUGUAAAGACAACGAUUGCUGGUGUCAAUGUGGCCUCAAAUUCCCAGAAUGCAACUGUCCUUAUAUGGAUAUUCAAGCCAUGGAAGAAAAUCUUCUUCGAAUAAGUGAGACCUGGAAUGCCUACAACAAUGAUUUUGAGGAAUCAGAUGAAUUCAAAUUCUUUAUGAAAAGGCUUCCCAUGAAUUAUUUCCUCAACACAUCUACCAUAAUGCAUUUGUGGACAAUGGAUUCUAAUUUUCAGCGUCGUUAUGAACAACUGGAAAACAGCAUGAAACAACUUUUCCUAAAGGCACAGAAAAUUGUACACAAGCUUUUUAGCCUCAGUAAGAGGUGUCAUAAACAACCACUCAUCAGCCUGCCAAGACAAAGAUCUUCGACCUACUGGUUAACCCGUAUCCAGUCCUUUCUGUACUGCAAUGAAAAUGGCCUUCUGGGAAGCUUUUCUGAAGAAACUCACUCUUGUACUUGCCCCAAUGACCAGGUUGCUUGUCAUGGGUUCCUCCCCUGCAUUGUGGGAGAUGGUUCUUCAUGCUUGACCUGUGCUCCUGAUAAUCGUACCCGCUGUGGAAAUUGUAAUACUGGAUAUAUGCUGAGUCAGGGGCUUUGUAAACCAGAAGUGGCAGAAUCCACAGAGCACUAUAUUGGUUUUGAGACUGACCUGCAGGACCUGGAAAUGAAAUAUCUAUUACAGAAAACUGACCGGAGAAUUGAAGUCCAUGCCAUUUUCAUCAGCAAUGACAUGCGCCUCAAUAGCUGGUUUGAUCCUUCCUGGCGAAAACGAAUGCUUCUUACCCUAAAGAGCAACAAGUACAAAGCAAGCCUUGUCCACAUGAUUUUGGGUCUCUCUCUACAGAUUUGCUUAACUAAAAAUAGCACCUUGGAGCCAGUUUUGGCUGUUUAUGUCAAUCCUUUUGGAGGCAGCCACUCUGAGAGUUGGUUUAUGCCUGUGAAUGAAAACAGCUUCCCAGACUGGGAACGGACUAAGUUGGAUUUACCACUUCAGUGUUAUAACUGGACGCUGACUCUGGGUAACAAAUGGAAGACUUUUUUUGAAACAGUACAUAUCUACUUGAGGAGUCGCAUCAAGUCAAAUGGUCCAAAUGGCAAUGAAAGCAUCUAUUAUGAACCGCUGGAGUUUAUUGACCCUUCCCGCAACCUGGGCUACAUGAAAAUCAACAACAUUCAAGUAUUUGGUUACAGCAUGCACUUUGACCCUGAAGCAAUUCGGGAUUUGAUCUUGCAGCUGGACUACCCCUACACUCAGGGAUCCCAGGACUCAGCACUUUUGCAGCUGCUUGAGAUAAGGGACCGUGUAAAUAAACUCUCCCCACCUGGUCAGCGUCGUCUUGACCUUUUCUCUUGCUUGCUUCGUCAUAGACUCAAGUUGUCUACUAGUGAGGUGGUGAGAAUUCAAUCUGCUUUGCAGGCCUUUAACUCCAAAUUGCCAAACACAAUGGAUUACGACACAACCAAAUUAUGUAGUUAACCAUAAAUGUCAAGCACAACCCAAAACCUUGAAGGAGUUUUUACAGUGCUUUUGUGGAACAGUUUAUGUUUGGAAGAGUAAAUUUAAAUUGUCUUUUCAAUAUCUGUCUUAUAUCAGUCAAUACCGUUGGAUGGCAAUUUACACAUGAACUUGCUGACAAUGAAUAUAUUAUACCUGCAGUUUUGGUUUAUGAAUGAAAUAAAUACUGACACCAGUCUAGAAGACAUUCUACUUUUUACAAUAAAUUUCAUUUGUAAUUUUAUAUGUUCCGUGGCAAUGCUUUUGUGCAUUACAUCCUCUAGAGGGAACAUAAAAGGAUACCAAUAAAAUUUUGUAGCUGAACAGUUAUUAAAAAGAAGUGCUGUGGGAUUCCUUUUUUUUUUCCAUGAAAUGACUUCUAUUUUGAUACAACUUUGUUAAGGGAUGGGGAAAAUGCAGAGGGUUUUUUUUUUGUUUUGUUUUUUUGUUUGUUUGUUUUUUAAUGGAAAUACUGGAAAGAUUCCUUGCUUGAUGCAAACUAGAUUCUCUCUCCUGUAGUCCUUAUGGACAACCCAACCAUUGGUAAAAUGUUGCAUUCUUCAGUAAUAUUUUCAUUGUUAAUAACAUAAAAAUGGAGUUGUGUCUCUAUCAUUCAGAUUUGUAAACUUUUCCUAGUCAAAUUAGUCAAUAUAACAUUUCUCAAAUCAAUAUCACUCCUUUUAGUAAUUAGACUAUUUUUAUGAAGCAAACACAUAUGGAAAAAAGAAAAAAAUCAUUAUGAUUAGAAAUGGAAUAUAUAGGUAGAAAAAUUAAUUUCCAUGGCAACUGUCUUAAUAAUUUACUUUGUCACCUCUAUUAACUAGAAGUAAACAUUAACAUUAGACAUUUUCAAUUUAAUUCAAAUGGCAUUUAAUGAAUACCACCUGUUCAAUCAUUUUACUGACAUCAACAAAAUAAAAUAGCAUUCACCUACUGUAAUUUGUUAGCAAAAGAUAAAUAUUUAAAACAAUAAUUAAUUAAAUAAUACAUGAGAACAUUUCAGAGAGGUAAAUAAAAUUAUCCCCACAUGCUUAGGAGAACUAUCAUUGCUUAGAAAAAAAUCAAUAACUUUUGAACUUCUAUGAGGAGCUGUCCCUUUCGUUACAUCACUGAUUUUUACCUAAAUUCUUGACAUAGAAAAUAAAUCAGUUUUUCUUACAUAUAACUUGGAAACCAUUCUUUGAGAAAUAGUUAAUUUGAUUUUUCGAUCAACUAAAGUCCACAGUUAUAUAAAAGAUACAUUGCUGCAAUAGUUGUUUAUUAUGAAUAUUGAGAUAUCUUUUUUCCUUAGUCUGAUGGUACCAGUAUCAACAUUAUAAAUUAACUACAAAUAGUAUCUGGCUUGGUUCUUUUUCCCAGAUCACAAAUGACACUCAGUACCAGUCUGUCUUUUUUCAUUGUUGAUUCAAAUCAGGCAGAUUUGAAGAAAGAAAAAAUAUUCACAAAAUGGCCAAUUAAUACUUAUAAGGGAAGGCUUAAACUACAUAAUUCUACUAGUUUAAUCUAAAAAGAAAAAUAAAGUAACAACUUGUGCUCUCUUGAAUCAAGAAAAGAAGAUAAUUACCUCAUUAAUGUUCCCAAAUGGAAAAAUGUUGAAAUUUGCAAGCUGCAUCUAUACAAAGUUAUAGCAUCCUGAUGAAAAAUUUUAAAAAUUAAAAUAUGAAAUCAACAAAACUUCAGUGAUAAAGCAUAAAAAUUAUUGAGUGCUAUAAGUUUCAAUGCCUGUUAACAGGUGAAAUCUAUAUAGAACAGUAGGUUUGAAAAAUACUUUAUGUAGAUUAUCUCAUUUGACCACCAUUAAUGAUACGUAAAUUAUUAUAAGUUACUACAAGAAUUAUCCUCCCUUUUAUUUGUGAGGAAACCGAGGCUAUGAGAAGUUAAGGGUUCUUUUUUAUAGUCACACACCUCAUAAGUGGUAGAGCUAUCAAUGUCUUCCUGACUCUUGAUCAACAUUCUGCCUCUUUCCCCAGCAUACAUUCAAUAUAUCGGUGCUAAAUGAAUAUCACUAUAGAGACACAAUCUGAGAUUUACAAGUUAAACUAGAUCUCAUUAAAUAUAUAAGUGUAUGGAGAAAGAAGUGAUCUCUUAAAAUGUUUUAAUACUAUAAUGGCUAAACCAAAUAAAGUCAGUGCACUAAGAUAUACUCAUUUAUUAAAAAUUGCAUUUAUGCCUUCCCCAAAACUAUUCGUCAAAAACUAAAGUUCAAAUAUAUUUUAAAAGAGGCCUAAUUAAUAAGUGGUUAAUUUAGAGUUGUUUUAAUGAAUUUAUUUAGAUGUCUUAAAGGGAAAUUAAAAUAUUUCUUCCCUAAAUUCUAAAUUCCAAUAAAUAAAUUAUUAAAAAUCCAUAACAAAUCCAUUAUGUGUUCAAUGUUAUCCCUUACAUAUCAUAAAAAAAAUAGGUAAUACCCUUGCCCUCAAGGAGUUUACAAUGUAUUUGGUUGGUGUUGUAUUGAGGUUUUCUGUAUCUGAGACAUCAAAAAUGUACAACUCAUCAUAAUUAUUAUUGGUGUUCAAAUCAAUUAGAAUUAUUCUCUAAUAUGUGACUCCAUUUACCAUUAAUCUUUGAAAAACUAAAAAAAUAUCAGUCAACAAUCUGCUGAACUCUGCUCUGCUGAACAGAAUCUAGAAAAGUAAGAAGCAUUCAUCACCACCCUCAGAAGCUUUUUAAAUUGAUGUCAUUGUUUUUGAUGUUGUUUGGGUUUUUACAAAUAUUAUAACAACACAUUAUUAAAAGACAGAAUCAGAAAAAAAUACUCAAAGAAACUGGUUUUGAAAACACAAAGAACACAAUGGUCUACACUCCAAAUAGCAACAGUUAGCUUUUUAGUUUCUCUGAACAAGUUUGUUUUAAUAUUGUCCAAGAGAUCACUGUUAUAUUAAAAUAAAAGUACUAUUCUUGGUCAUAAAGUCUUCAGGAAACAUCCUUUGUACUCAGCACAUCUAUCCCUUUUCCAGCUCCACUGUCAUUACCUGCCAUAUCAAGAAGCACAGACUGAUUUUUCAGAUAAAUGUGGCCUUAGGUUAUACAGAUGGCUACUCCUACCAGCUACAAGUAAUGAUAUAGCCAUAGAGAUCUCUCUGGAUCUUUUCAGCUUUCAGUUCAAAUUCUGAUACAGUAUUAUGAACACUGGACUUAGAAACGGAACAACUUAAGCCCUUAGGCUUAUUAGGUGUAUACCUAUGGAGAAGUUACCAUUAACUUCUCAGAAAUGAGGUUUCUUCAUCUGCAUAGUUCCCAGAAAUUUUAAAAGUGAAGAAUGAUCUUUUUAAGCCAUAACAUUCUCUAUACAUAGGAAAUGCUAUUAUGAGUAAAAAGAGGCUAUAAUUUUUUUUGGGGGGGGUGAAG